AGUAACUACAGCAUCUUCCGAAACAACCCCUGCUUCAACAUCUGCCUCUGAAACUACAGCACAAGUAACUACAGCAUCUUCAGAAACAACACAUGCUCCAGCUUCUGCCACUGUAACUACGGCACAAGUAACUACAGCAUCUUCAGAGACAACCUCUGUUUUAACAUCUACUGCUGAAACUACAGUACAAGUAACUACAGUAUCUCCAGAGACAACCCCUGCUUCAACAUCUGCUGCUGAAACUACAGCUCAAGUAACUACAGUAUCUCCAGAGACAACCCCUGCUUCAACAUCUGCUGCUGAAACUACAGCUCAAGUAACUACAGUAUCUUCAGAGACAACCUCUGCUUCAACAUCUGCUGCUGUAACUAAAUCACAAGUAGCUACAGCAUCUUCAGAGACAAGUCCUUAUUUAGUCAGUACUACACCAACAACAACACUUCCAUUCAUGUUUACAAAUGGUCCCACAACAGGUACCGUUGUCCCAAAAACUGCUUCAAUAUCAAAUUUUACAUCAACACCUACUCAGCUUACCACAAUGGUACUUACCACAGCAUCUCCUGCACACGGAGACACAGGGUCUGAAACUACAGUGCAAGUAGCUACAACAACUUCUUCAGAGACAACCCCUUCUUCAAUAUCUCCUACUUCAGUCCGUACUACUGUGACAUCAACAAAUUCACCACUGGCCACAGAAGGGGUCAUAACAGCAUCUACAACAGUUUCUACAACCAGAGUCCUGGAGACCUCUCUAACAGCUUUCACCACAGUAUCUGGUGCUGCAGUGGUUUCUGCCAGGCUGGUGUUCAAUUCCUCCUCUACCGUCCCCAGUGAGAGUUCGGUCCUCAAUGCUACCACAACUCUGCUCAACUCUCGACUCUCAAACCUCAACCAUUCUACUAACGUGCUGAACAUCAGCUAUCAGAAAAUUUCAGACUCCUCCUAUGCAGUCAUCUUCACAUUCAGCCUCAGUAAUAUCAGCAUGCCAGAGAGCGCUGACCUCAGGAACAGCACCUACACCCAAGUGCAGAACUCCAUCAACACAGCGCUGAACACACUGCUAAAUCAACCUGGUGCAGAUCUUUUUGAAUCCCAGAGCUCAGUCUUCACAAGCUCAGCCAAUCAGAUUGAAGGCAACAUGGAGUACCUCUUCCAAGAUGGAGACACCAAAGUACCCAUCAGCUUCUUCAAUGAGCUCAAGACACAGAUUGCUUCAACAACAACGGUUUCUCCAAUGACUACAACCAGUCUGAUGGUGACUUCCACAGCGACGCCUUCCACAAUAUCUGGUGCUGCAGUGGUUUCUGCCAAGCUGGUGUUCAAUUCCUCCUCUACCGUCCCCAGUGAGAGUUCGGUCCUCAAUGCUACCACAACUCUGCUCAACUCUCGACUCUCAAACCUCAACCAUUCUACUAACGUGCUGAACAUCAGCUAUCAGAAAAUUUCAGACUCCUCCUAUGCAGUCAUCUUCACAUUCAGCCUCAGUAAUAUCAGCAUGCCAGAGAGUGCUGACCUCAGGAACAGCACCUACACCCAAGUGCAGAACUCCAUCAACACAGCGCUGAACACACUGCUAAAUCAACCUGGUGCAGAUCUUUUUGAACCCCAGAGCUCAGUCUUCACAAGCUCAGCAAAUCAGAUUGAAGGCAACAUGGAGUACUUCUUCCAAGAUGGAGACACCAAAGUACCCAUCAGCUUCUUCAAUGAGCUCAAGACACAGAUUGCUUCAACAACAACGGUUUCUCCAAUUACUACAACCAGUCUGAUGUUGACUUCCACAGCGACGCCUUCCACAAUAUCUGGUGCUGCAGUGGUUUCUGCCAGGCUGGUGUUCAAUUCCUCCUCUACCGUCCCCAGUGAGAGUUCGGUCCUCAAUGCUACCACAACUCUGCUCAACUCUCGACUCUCAAACCUCAACCAUUCUACUAACGUGCUGAACAUCAGCUAUCAGAAAAUUUCAGACACGUCCUAUGCAGUCAUCUUCACAUUCAGCUUCAGUAAUAUCAGCAUGCCAGAGAGCGCUGACCUCAGGAACAGCACCUACACCCAAGUGCAGAACUCCAUCAACACAGCGUUGAACACACUGCUAAAUCAACCUGGUGCAGAUCUUUUUGAACCCCAGAGCUCAGUCUUCACAAGCUCAGCCAAUCAGAUUGAAGGCAACAUGGAGUACCUCUUCCAAGAUGGAGACACCAAAGUACCCAUCAGCUUCUUCAAUGAGCUCAAGACACAGAUUGCUUCAACAACAACGGUUUCUCCAAUUACUACAACCAGUCUGAUGGUGACUUCCACAGCGACGCCUUCCACAAUAUCUGGUGCUGCAGUGGUUUCUGCCAGGCUGGUGUUCAAUUCCUCCUCUACCGUCCCCAGUGAGAGUUCGGUCCUCAAUGCUACCACAACUCUGCUCAACUCUCGACUCUCAAACCUCAACCAUUCUACUAACGUGCUGAACAUCAGCUAUCAGAAAAUUUCAGACACCUCCUAUGCAGUCAUCUUCACAUUCAGCCUCAGUAAAAUCAGCAUGCCAGAGAGCGCUGACCUCAGGAACAGCACCUACACCCAAGUGCAGAACUCCAUCAACACAGCGCUGAACACUCUGCUAAAUCAACCUGAUGCAGAUCUUUUUGAAUCCCAGAGCUCAGUCUUCACAAGCUCAGCAAAUCAGAUUGAAGGCAACAUGGAGUACCUCUUCCAAGAUGGAGACACCAAAGUACCCAUCAGCUUCUUCAAUGAGCUCAAGACACAGAUUGCUUCAACAACAACGGUUCUUCCAACUACACAGAGCACAACUACAACUACAUCUACAACUACACAGAGCACAACUACAACUACAUCUACAACUACACAGAGCACAUCAGCUCCAUCUGUAAUGGGCAGCAUAUUGAUUUAUAUUAGACUGGUCUUCAAAAACGUGACCAUUCUUCCCAACGAGGCGGACAUCCUUAACGCUGCCAAUUCCCUCCUGAACUCCAGCGUACGACUGAACCGAGUAACCCGAGCCGUAAAACUGGCCGAACCAGUGAGCAUCCAGAACGUCACCUUUCAGAAAACGAGCAUCAACUCCUACAGAAUUAGCUUUGGAUUUAAAAUCAGCAACGUGAGCAUCUAUAAGGACAUUCAGCUGCAGAGUGGAACAUACGAUGUGAUCCAAAGCACUAUUAACGGCCUGCUGAACACAAUUCUGAAUGACCCAAGCGCUCCUCCAUUUGUCUUUCAACGAGCAAACUUCACGCUUAAUGAUACAGUGAUUCAGGCUGAUGCAGAAUACGUCUUUGUGGAGGGAGACAUCAAAACACCAAGCAAGUUUCUGACUGAAAUACUGAAAGUUAGCGGCUUAGGUUCAGGAGCGUUCCCAGGAUGGGCGCUGGCCAUCAUCAUCCCCUGCGGGAUCGCCAUCAUCCUCGUCCCCUGCUGGAUUCUACUCUGUAUUUUGCUGAGUGGUUGUUGUGGGGCUGUUAGAAGACGCUGGCGAAGACGACGGUCGUACAACGUUCAGUACACAGUUAGCAACGGCCUCUUCUAAUCAAUAACAUCCGAUUACACCUCUCUUAAUCCUGUUAUCAGACUGAACACAGCUCCACCUAUCUGAACAUGUCUAAUCUAAACUCUCCGGUGUAAUAUGGUAAAUAUGGUUAAAAAUGUGUUCCUGCAGAAUAUCUCUUUAAUCUCUUUUAUAAUCUCUAUAUUUACUAUAGUAAGUAUUAUGUCUGUAUAGCUGGAUUUAUACAGAGUAUAUAGGACACUUUUUUGGAAGAAGAAUAGAAUGUGAUUAAUAUAGACAAUCAUUAUUUCUAAUUUAUUUUAUUAGUUAAGUUAUUUUCCUGAAUCAGUAUUUCAUGGUAAUUUAUUAUACAGUAUUUAAUCAGAAUUGUACCACACACUUCAUUUCUGAAAAAGAGAAAUGUUGUAUGUUAAUGUUAUAUUUAGAACACUUUUUUAUUUAUUAAUAUGUGCACCUUAUAUAUGAUAACAAGCUACUAUAAUUACACAUAUACUCAAUGUUCUGAUUUUUCUGUUGUCAAUAAAAUAUACCCCCAAAACACUUCUGUUUAUAUUAUUAAAACUAUUAUUUUAUCAGUAUUUGUAGCGUUUUUCCAUUUUUCCAUUGCAUAUUUUUUUUAAAAAACACUCAACUUUUACACAGUACAACAUGGGCGAGUUCAUCCUCUGUAGAAGAGGAGGGGUGUUAAGAACCUAAAAGAAAGAUAUUAUGUGCAUUAUUAAUUGUGUUUGUACAGGUGAUGUUCUAAUGUGGAUUUCUAGAACAUUUAGAAGUUGUUUGGUUUUACCUUUGCCCAUGUUUAUUUUUGAGUAUCCUUUUUUGUGUGUAUAUUCCAAUUGUAACUUACCUGUUAUCAGACAUGGUAGAUUCAGGGGAGGGGCUAAGAGUAUAUAAACUUUCUGAAACAGAUGUUGGGGAGUUCAGGUGGGAAAGGUAUUUUGCUCUAGCCCUAGAAGGUGGCUGACGCCUAGCUUUACCUUGUGUGGGAAUAUAUUGAUUUUUAUGACUUUGUAGUCAUGCUUAAGCUAAACCUCUGAUGAGAGGCUUUUUGUUUUCGAUUGUUUGUUUAUUUGUUUAUUUAUUUAUUUAUUUUUAAAUGCGCGCUUGUAAAUAUCUCCACUGCUGGUGAAAAAAUAAAUUCCAAACUCAAAGGA